AUGAAGAUAAUUCUGCUGAGUGCCUUUUUCGGAAGGAUUACCGGGACACCGAUCGCCAACGUUUGGCUAAGUCCAGUGGGAUCCCUAACUCCGUUGAGGCAAUUUCAUAUACAGGACGGAUCCGGCGGAUAUCAUUACUCAUUCACGGGGCCCCAUCACGCGAAAUCUGAAUCCAGUUUAAACGGAAUCACGCAGGGUGGCUAUUCGUACAUCGAUGCAAACGGAAUCCUGCAAACGGUGACUUACACGGCAGACGAUGAAAAUGGAUUCAGAGUGAGCGCCAGUAAUCUACCACAGCCGCCUAAGAACGAGCUGCAGGCGAUUCAAGAUACACCGGAAGUGGCUGCGGCGAAGAAGAGUCACUUGGAGGAGCUGCAGAAGUCGCAGCUCAGGGACCAGUCGAACUAUCAGUCGAAUAUUCUCUCCUACAAGAUUCUACCCUCGUAUUUCAGCUUUGCACAGCUGAGUAAGGACGACGAGAAGAAUCUGGCUGCUCCAGAGAUCCCGCCUUCUACCAAGAAUCCAUUCCUCCUUCUUCCGUCCGAGGCGGCAAGGAUCGACGUGCCUAAACCAGACCCGAGUCUCUCAAGGAUACCACCGCAAACGAGUACAAUUUCGUCGAAUCAACUUGUAGAACGAGAGAAGAACGAAGGACAGCCUCCGCAGGGGAAUUCGUUGAAACUAGGCAAGGUUGUGUCGCUGCGAAGUAUCCAGGGGCCAGUUACAGUGCCUGCUCCCUACGUACUUCCGGUUCUGCCGUACAGAUUACUGCACAGCGCACUUCAUCACACUCAAGACUCUCUGGGGCAGUACGAUUACGCUUACACAGGGGAUUCGAGCGCGAAAACCGAGUCCAGAUCUUUGGACGGGACGACGAGGGGCGCUUAUAGUUAUAUCGAUCCGAACGGCGUUCUACAGCAAGUACAUUAUGUGGCGGAUCAUAAUGGGUUCAGGGUUAUGGCGACUAAUUUACCGGAAGCUAAGUGA